AUGACACUGGCGUGGGUCCUCACCCUGUGGAUGCUGCUGCUGGUUCCCAGGCUGGGGGCUGGCAGGCCAGGGUCCCCAGAAGACGCCUCCUUCUACUAUGGAACCUUCCCACCUGGCUUCUCCUGGGGCACAGGUAGCUCCGCCUUCCAGACGGAGGGCGCCUGGGACCAAGAUGGGAAGGGGCCCAGCAUCUGGGAUGCCUUCACGCACGGCGGUAAGGGGAAGGUGCUGGGGGAUGAGACGGCAGACGUGGCCUGCAACAGCUACUAUAGGGUCCAGGAGGACGUCGUCCUGCUCAGGGAUCUUGGAGUCAACCACUACCAGUUCUCCCUGUCGUGGCCCCGGCUGCUGCCCACUGGCAUCCGAGCCGAGCAGGUGAACGAGAGAGGAGUCACGUUCUACAGCGGGCUGAUCGAUGCCCUCCUGCAGAGCAACAUCACGCCUGUCGUGACCCUGCACCACUGGGACCUGCCGCAGCUGCUCCAGGUCAGGUUCGGCGGGUGGCAGAACGUGAGCAUGACUGGCUACUUCAGGGACUACGCUGAGCUGUGCUUCGAAGCCUUUGGGGACCGGGUGAAGCGCUGGAUCACAUUCAGUGACCCUCGGGCCAUGGCAGAAAAAGGCUACGAGACCGGCCAGCAUGCGCCAGGCCUGCAGCUCCGGGGCACCGGCCUAUACACGGCAGCACACCACAUUAUCAAGGCCCAUGCCCUCGCCUGGCAUGCCUACAACAGCACAUGGCGCCCCAAGCAGCAAGGUCUACUGGGGAUCUCCCUGAACUGCGACUGGGGGGAGCCCGUGGACAUGAGCCGCCCCAUGGACGUUGAGGCCGCCGAGAGGUACCUGCAGUUCUGCCUGGGCUGGUUCGCCAACCCCAUCUAUGCCGGUGACUACCCACAGGUCAUGAAGGACAGCAUCGGAAGGAAGAGCGUGGAGCAGGGCUUGGAUAUGUCGAGGCUACCAGCAUUCUCGCGGCAGGAGAAGGGCUAUAUCAAAGGCACGUCCGACUUCUUGGGGCUGGGUCACUUCAUGACUCGAUACAUCACGGAGAGGAGCUACCCCUCGCGCCACGGGCCCAGCUACCAGAACGACCGGGACUUGGUGGAACUGGCUGACCCAUGCUGGCUGGACCUGCGGCCCAAGUGGCCACAUUCCGCUCCGUGGGGAUUCCGGAGGCUCCUCAACUUUGCCCAGACUCAAUAUGGCGACCCUCCCAUAUACGUGACAGAAAAUGGAGCCUCUCAAAACCUACACUGUACUCAGUUGUGUGACAAGUGGCGAAUUCAGUACCUUAAAGGACACAUAAACGAAAUGCUGAAAGCCAUAAAAGACGGUGCUAAUAUAAAAGGGUACACCUCCUGGUCUCUGUCGGACAAGUUUGAAUGGGAGAAGGGAUACAUGGAUAGAUAUGGACUCUACUACGUCGAAUUUAAUAGCAGAAAUAAGCCACGGUACCCGAAGGCUUCUGUUCACUAUUAUAGGAAGAUCAUCACUGCCAAUGGGUUUCCCAAUCCGAGAGAGGUGGAAAGCUGGUAUCACAAAGCCUUGGAAACUUGCUUUAUCAACAACCAGAUGCUUGCUGCAGAGCCGCUGCAGAGGUACAUGCAGAUGGCCACGGAGGUGGCAGUGCCCACCGUGAGUGCCCUCUGUGUGCUCCUCGCUGCUGUCCUGCUCGUGCUCCUUCUGCAGGCGCGGAACUGAGUGCAUGGCCAACA